AUGGCAACAUCUCCCUCUGAGCUUGAUGAAGGCCUGUCAGCGUGGAGCAUUGGCACUAGCAAAGUGACUAUACUUGGAUACGGGCUGCUCACGAUGGACGCACGCCCCCUGCUGGAGGCCCUGAACAAACAACGAUUCGGUGUCAUCCUAGUGGAUGAAUCCCACUACCUGAAAUCUCACAACGCAGCUCGUAGUAAAAUAUUGGUGCCAAUCAUUCAGAACGCCAAGCGUGCCAUCCUUCUAACUGGCACCCCGGCGCUGGGCAGACCAGAGGAGCUCUUCAUGCAAAUCCAUGCUUUGUAUCCACGGAGAUUUGGAACCUGGAGCGACUUCGCCAAAAAAGACUGCAACGGCCACUACAAGUUUUUCGGGGCCAGACGGCAGUGGGACUGUCGCGGAGCAUCUCAUUUAGACGAGUUACACCAGCGUCUGAGCAAGAUUAUGAUUCGUAGACUCAAAAAUCAGGUGCUGACUCAACUACCACCCAAAAUACGCCAACAAAUUCCCUUCGACCUUCCCAAAGAUGCUGCCAAGGAAGCGAGUGCUAGUUUUGAGCAGUGGGAGAAACUGAUGAGCUCUGAGAGUGAGAAUCAGUUUGUGGAGGUGAUGAGUCUCAUCACACACAUGUAUAAGCAGACCGCCAUUGCCAAGGCCGGAGCGGUGAAGGACUAUAUAAAGAUGAUGUUGGAGACCGAACAGCUGAAGUUUCUGGUCUUUGCUCAUCAUCUCAGCAUGCUGCAGGCGUGUACCGAGGCUGUCAUCGAGGCCAAGGCUAGUUAUAUCCGCAUCGAUGGCAGUGUUCCAUCUGCAGAGAGGAUCCAACUUGUGCAUCGUUUUCAAAAUGAUCCAGACACGCGUGUGGCCAUACUAAGUAUACAGGCAGCUGGACAGGGUCUGACAUUUACGGCUGCAUCUCACGUGGUCUUUGCCGAACUCUACUGGAACCCAGGACACAUCAAACAAGCAGAGGACAGAGCACAUCGCAUAGGGCAGACCACGACGGUACACAUCCACUACCUCAUCGCCAAAGGAACCUUUGACACCGUCAUGUGGACCAUGUUAAACAGAAAGGAAACGGUUACGGGCAGCGCUCUGAACGGAAAGAAAGAGUAUUUGAAAGCUGAGGUGGGAGACGAAGAGAAAUGGGACUUUCUGAACUUUGCUAAGGCAUGGACGCCAAGCGACACCAUGAAAGGUGACUCAGAGGACGACAAGGAUGGAAUUUUCUUUUCUCAUUUUGAAAGGGAAAAGCAGCACGACAUCCGAUCGUUUUUUUCCCCCUCUGUGAACAAAGAAAAGAAGAGGAAACGAACCGGGGAUUCACUCUCCGACGGAUCUCCUCUCGCCCAAUUACCUGAGGGGGCGGAGCCUGUUCGGACCCCGGAGAUCCAGAGCUCUGAUUUGAAGGCCGACCAGGGGGAGGACUUUUCUCCGCAGGUGAAGCGGUUUAGGCAGGUUAGCCCCUCGUCACGACAUGGGGGUAAGAAGAGCCCACUGUCGUCCUUGUGCGCCCCCCGAAGACUCUCGUCGGGACUGCAGGCUCCGCGCCACACUCAGAAGUGGAACUGUUCGGCAUGUACAUUCUCCAACAGCGGAUUGCUGCUACACUGCGAGAUGUGUGAAAGUCCACGAAAUGCACAAAAAGCUCCCAGCACAUCUUCAUCAUUACCGGAUCACCCCUCAUCCUCCUCGUCGCUCACUACCAUCUGCAUCUCUGAUUCAGAUCAAGAAAACGAACCAGCCACCCCCAGCACCCCACAAACUCCACACACACGUCCAAACCUACAGGCCAGUCCGGAUGUGGCAGAAACACACGUGGAUGAAUCUCAAGAAAUGCAACGAAAGAAUGAGUUCAGCUCACAAACUCUCUCCAGCGGUGAUCCAGCUAAUGACAUUCACAUUCAAAAGGAGUCGGAUGACUCCGUUCCCGUGUACGACUCUCUGAAGUUCUGUGCCAGCAAAAACACCGACAGGAUCUACAUCUACGACAAGGAUGGCCUCCCGCUCCACUGUAACUUCAUUCCCUUGGAUAUCAGACUGCAGAAUUGGGAGGAACUGCCAGCAGAAUUCAAUCACAGCGAGAACAGGAGUCAGGUUGUGCGAUUCGUGCGCGAGUGGAUCUCUCUGACUGCGAUGAGGCAGAGGAUGGUGAGGAAGAGUGGAAGAGUGUUUCACAGCCCUAUCCUGCUGCUAGAGGAGCUCAGUCAAUCCCAGCGCCGGCACAGCAGCACCUCCAGGUAUCUCUCCAGACAGGAUGUAGCUCAGACCUCCAUCACUGUGGCCCAGAAAGAGGGCGGAGCUCUCCGCAUCAUCAAAAAGGACAACAUCGGUCCGAAAAGACAAUCCUCAUCCGAACCUACUGACCCCAGCAACAGAGAAGCAGAGAGCUCGGUGUGUGUUCAGACAAACACUACAGCCGGUUACCUGCAGGCCGUGGACUCGGCUGGGACCCCCCUGUGUCUGUCCUGCCAGAAGCCCAGCGGGGAGCACCACGGCUGGGCAGGAGGCUUCUGCAGCCCUGCCUGUAUGGAGGACUUCCAGCUGCGCUCCAAUCAGGGCUACAUGCGUGCCCGCGUGCUGGAGACGGAGCAGGGUGUGUGUCAGCACUGCGGACUCAAUGCCCACCAGCUGUACGUGCAGGUCCGGGACGCCCCGCGCACACACCGCAAGGAGAUGCUGGACAACACCUGGCUGGCACAACUCCCUCUCAAACAGCUGAAUGAAAUGAUUCAGAGUCCCGUUGAAGGACAGUUCUGGCAGGUGGACCACAUUAACCCCGUGUACAGAGGAGGAGGACAGUGUUCCCUCGAGAACCUUCAAACCCUUUGUACCGUCUGCCAUCGGAUGAGGACCGCACAGCAAGCCAAAGACAGAAGUCAGAUGAAACGAGGCCAAGCUGCCUCCAAACUGGCCUCUGACAUCACACGAUUCUUCGUCAAGAAAUGAGCCGUUCCGUCUGCAACUAUUAAAAACACAUAUUCAGAGCUGUUGCCUUGGAAAUGACCCGCCUGCCAGAGGCGUUAUUUACCAGCAUCUGCAGUGUUUGAGGAUUGUAAUUUAGCCGAUUGGGUAGCUGUUUUUAAUCACUGCUCUCAGCAAGAGACAAAAUAACUUUUAUAUUCGAUGUGUUCAACCAUAAAUUAAAUAGUCACUAAAUAAACAUGUUCC